AUGGGUGAUGGGCUCGCGGCGGAUGACGCUCGUCCUCUAAAGGUGGGAGUAGGUUGCGAUGGAGACGCAGGCGUCGACCUCUCCGCCUCCGAUCGAAGAGGCAGGCUCCGUCUCCGUGGCGGCCGCCACAGGGUGACGAAGCGAGUCAACAUCAGCAGGCGCUCAGUAAGAAAGGACGCCGUGAGGAAGAGACUCGAUCCGAUUAAGGAUACGAUUCCUGCUUUAUCGACUUUGAUUGGAUUUACUAGAUCGUACGAUUUCAUUGAUUUCAUCCGAUUUGAUUGCUGUUGCAUCGACAUUGAGCUUAUAGAUUCACUGUUUGUCUACGUUUCUACCGGUAUAUUGAUUGACUGCAUGGAUUACUGUAGAAUAGAUGAGAUUUAUCGUAAUGCGGAUCCCUCCCUCCCCGCCCUAUCCAAAGACCUACCUCUCAACCCCACCCACCACACCUGGAUCCGUCUCUUCCUGCCCAACUCCCCUCUUCCGGCCCCGAACAGCCUCCCCAUCAUCUUCUACUUCCACGGAGGCGGCUUCAUCCUCUUCAGCGCUGCCUCCGCCCCCUUCCACGCCUCCUGCUCAAGCCUCUCCGCCUCCCUCCCCGCCCUCGUCCUUGCCGUCGAAUACCGCCUCGCCCCUGAGCACCGCCUCCCCGCCGCCUACCACGACGCCAAUGACGCCCUCCUCUGGCUCCGCGAACAAGCCCUAAACCCCUCCGCCGCUGACCCCUGGCUUCGCGCUCACGCGGACUAUUCCCGCUGUUUCCUCAUGGGCAGCAGCUCCGGCGGAAACAUCGCCUACCGCGCUGCGCUCCACGCAGCAAAGUUCGAUCUUGAACCACUGGGGCUGAAAGGAUUGAUGCUGAACCAGCCGUAUUUCGGCGGGGAGAAGCGGACAGAAUCGGAGGAGAGGAUGGCGAAGGACAAGAUCAUCCCGCUUCCGGUGAACGAUCUGAUGUGGCAGCUGUCGCUGCCGGAGGGAGCAAACAGGGAACAUAUAUUCUGCAAUCCGACGGCGAAGGAGGAGGAGGGGGUGGAGAGAUUGCCUCGGUGCUUGAUUCGGGGGUAUGUGGGGGAUCCGCUCAUCGAUCGGCAGCGGCAGCUUGCUCGGAUGUUGAAGAAGAGAGGGGUGAAGGUUGUGGAGUUACUGGAGGAAGAGGGACACCACGCCGUCGAGCUUUUCAAGCCUGAAAAAGCUGCAGAUUUCGUCGAACAUGUUCGGGGCUUCGUCUGCGGUUUGGCGGGCGUCGGCGAGCAUAAGCUCUGAAUGGUGU